AAGCUGUGGCGAGCAAGGAAGGUUGUGAUCGACGCUUGCAAAUCUUCUGGACUCGUAUUCAAGUUUGACUUGAAGGUCCCCGCUCGUCAUAUGCCAGAACUUGUUCAUCUUUUUGAAACAGUUUCUGUAGAAGACCGAAUUAUCACGUCAGUUAAUGCAUCAAUCCAACGGGCACCCGAUGGGUCUGGGAAUUUGGCAAGAAUAAAAGAUCUCAUCGUUUUCGGGCAAUUGCCAACAGGAAACCUACAUGUUGUGGCUACGAUUGAUCAUCAUUCUUGGGAGAUUCAUCUUAAAGCGAAUCUCUGGAAAAUCGUAGUCAUUUGGUGCCGAGUUGGAUAUCGCCGUGGUAUUGGUGUAUCCACGGCCAUUGGCUGUCAAUGGGAACAGAAGCACAGUACCGAUACUCAAGGAUAUCCCAUACCGGAAUGUAUAAAGCGGCUACAGUCUGUGCUGUGUCGAUGGCUGCGAUCAAAUAGAACAGCAUCAAGUGGAGGCUUUCUCUCACUAUCACGAGAAUGCGACGGUCGAUGGAUGCGUUGGGUACAUCGAUUGGAAAUCGAUGAAACCGGAGCAUCGAAGGGAGAACAUUUUCCAGGACGUGAACUUCAAGUCGCACUCAAGAACGCUUGGGAUCCUAAAGGCAUCAUGAAUCCUUACAAGACUUUUCCAUUCACUAACUUCUAG